GUGAAGUGAACUUUAGGAAACCCUCAAAACCUGAGCGGUUGUUUUCGUGAGGUCGUGUUCUGCUCCGUGGUGAUUUCGCUUUGUAAUGUAUAUGGACUGAUCCAUAAUGAGCGGACCGGGAGGACCGAAGGUCAAGGCCUUCAACAUAAAUCCCCUGGCGAAGAAGUUGGCGGUGAAAGACAAAUUCAGAAAAGAGGAAGAAGACAAAGCUGCUGCUGAGGCAUAUGAAGAGUUCCUUGCAUCUUUUGAAGAACCUGCUAAACAUGGAAAGCUGUUUGUCCGGGGAAGUGUCAUCAAUGCAGGCUCCGGUGAGGAAAAAGCAACCGCCCAGACGGGCAAGCUUUACAAGCCCCCUAAGCUCACAGAAGCAACUAAGCGGAUGGAGGAGUCUCAGUCUCGCCAACAGCAGCAGCAGCAGCAACAGCAUGACUUCCACACGUCCUCUUCUCAGAGUGCAGCUGCACGAGAAAAGGCAAAAAAGAAAGAAAAAGAGAAGAAGAAGAGUAACCUGGAGCUUUUCAAAGAGGAGCUCAAGAUUAUCCAAGAGGAACGCGAGGAACGGUACAAAAUGAAAGGUGCCCUCAAGGACCAGCUCAAAAAGGGCGAUAGUGAUCUGCAAAUCAGGCUUGCGGAUGACUACCGUUACCCAAGCCUGGGGAGCUUUGACACUGGAGACCCCAACACCACCAACUUGUAUCUGGGUAAUUUAAACCCAAAGAUGACUGAGCAGGAGCUGUGUGAGAUAUUUGGUCGCUACGGACCCUUGGCCAGUGUCAAGAUCAUGUGGCCUCGGUCACAGGAAGAACGCCAGCGCAAACGAAACUGCGGUUUUGUUGCCUACAUGAAUCGCAAGGACGGCGAGCGUGCGAUCAAGCAUCUCAGUGGCCAGGAAGUGAUGGGUUUUGAGAUGAAAAUGGGCUGGGGCAAGGCAGUGCCCAUCCCCCCACACCCAGUGUACAUCCCACCAGCCAUGGUGGAGCUCACGCUGCCGCCACCUCCUUCAGGCCUUCCCUUUAAUGCCCAGCCCCAACGGAAAGCCAGUAGUAGGCCCAUCGACCCUCAGACCAUGCCGCCCGAUGAGCUCGACCAGAUAUUAGCCAACGCAGUAGUGAAAGUGGUUAUCCCUACAGAAAGGAGUCUACUCUGCCUGAUCCAUCGAAUGAUCGAGUUCGUCGUGCGAGAGGGGCCAAUGUUUGAAGCCAUGAUCAUGAACCGGGAGCUCAACAACCCCAUGUUCAGGUUCCUCUUUGAGAACCAGAGCCCUGCUCAUGUCUACUACCGCUGGCGGCUCUUCUCCAUUCUACAGGGUGACCACCCUAACAGGUGGCGAACACAGGAGUUCCGCAUGUUUGAAGGGGGUUCCCUCUGGAAGCCGCCCCCGAUGAACCCUUACCUCCAGGGCAUGCCCCCAGAGCUGGUCGAGCAAGAGCAGGAGGCCUUGCCCGCCAAAGAAGAGAACAAGAAAGGCUCACUCAGCGACAGCCAACGAGACAAACUUGAAGACAUGCUGCGUAACCUGACCCCCGAACGUCCUCGCAUCAUGGAAGCCAUGGUCUACUGUAUCGAACAUGCCGACGCUGCUGAGGAGAUUGUUGAUUGCAUCACUCAGUCACUGUCAAUCCUGGAAACACCUCUACACAGAAAGGUGGCAAGACUAUACCUUAUAUCUGAUGUCCUGCACAACUGCAGUGUUAAAGUUGCAAACGCAUCAUUCUUCAGGAAAGGGUUUCAAGUUUGUCUGCCAGAUAUAUUCAAAGCGAUUCACGAAGCAUUUAGCAGCAUUGAAGGACGAUUAAAAGCUGAACAAUUCAAGCAACGUGUCAUGUCUUGCUUCCGAGCCUGGGAGGAUUGGGCAAUAUAUCCAAAUGACUUCCUUAUACGGCUACAGAACAUCUUCUUGGGCCUUGUACCUUCAUCGAAGCCUGGCAGCCUGGUGCCGAGCGGUGAGGACCAGUCAACAGAGGGCGAGGCAUCGCCCCCUCCACUUGCCAAGGAUGACAUCAUCGAUGACGUCGACGGAGUGCCACUGGCAGCAGACGUCGACCUGGACGGUCUGCCUCUGGUGGGGAUCCCCGUGGCCGACCCAGACCUGGACGGGGUGCCACUGGGCAUCGUCGAAGACCCCGAGAUAGAUGGACAGCCUCUGGAGCCAGCCGUCUUGCGCAG